UACAUAACCCCUAUGCAAGAUACAAUUUUCAGAAUAAUUUUACAAAAGUCUGUGAGCAGUGUCAACAAAAUUCGGAAUGAAGCCUCUUCUAAGAUUGGUUGCUCUGUUUAUCUGUGUGACUGCAGUUGAAUGCCAAGAAAGGAAUACAUUGGAAGAACGGUGUAUACAACAACUGCAGAGAGGCGUUAAAGUUCCAUUUUAUUUUGGCACGUCAAACCUUGCUUGUGUCAAGAACUUGGGGAAAGGGAAGAGAAGGCGAUCAGUAGACACAGUCAGUGUUACUCGUCUCACACACAGAUACCUGUACUAUUGCGGAUCUUACUACGAAUUUGGAACUGGAUAUCCACCCUAUAGAACAUUACCUUACGGCUGGUAUCGGUGUAAUCCUGAAACUGACAGCGAGCCAGCAGGUUACAGCAAUGCGUAUCCAGAUUGCAGUAAGAGCUGUGCUGACAAAUACGUCAGACAGAAACCAUUUAGCACGUUGAACAACAACUGCCACCACUUUGCAAACGCCAUGGCUAAAUACUUGUAUAGAUCGGACAAAGAGUGUUGCAAGUAUAGGUUGCCAUAUUGAUGUGAUUGCAUUCAAAAAUGUAAAAUUCAGCUAAAACUUUACAUAUUGUUGUUCACAAGCUGUUGCUGACCUUGUAACUCUUGUGAGUAUAUGAUUAUAGUGUUUUUGUAUAUAAAAUACAUUUGUAAUUCAUUUCUAAGCUUAGUUUUGCCAUAGCAUUAUGUCUGCAUUGGUAUAAUAAUUAAGUAAGACAGGCUGAUCAUAACUUAUGACAUUUAAAUCUUUGUUAAAUCCAUCGUAAAUAACACGUUUUCAAAACUUAUGCAAAUAUUUCAAAUAAUUGGUAUUCAACAACAAGUAUUGAAUGCAAACCAAUGUACUAUCAAGUGACUUCAAAUAAUGCGAGUUUUUUUAAGUUGAACGAAUUUGUCAAGUUCAACACACUUCAUGAAUCUUUGAAUUAAUAUAAGCCCGUCACAUGUUACUUCGUCAUGUACACAUUUAUAUUGUUAACAGUCCAUGCCACAAUACAAUAACUUACAAAUAGAGACUAUACAAAUUUCAUCCAACUUUCAUACACACGUGCAAUUCUAAUUGAUAUUGCUUCUAAACUAGGAAGACAAUGAUAAUUUACUAAAGAGCAAACUCAAUGUCUUAAAUAAUGCCACUUAAAUGUAAAAUGUUAUGAAUGUGGCAAUGCUAAAAUAAAGUAGUGUCUAGGAAAUAUACAUGAUUUAAGAAAUCACACAAAAGUGUUAUACGUAACAUAAACAUGAUUCUUCUUUGCAUAUAUAAAUUAUACAUGGCCUUAAUUUUGCAUGGUCAUAUAGAUUUAGGUUUUUGUAAUCGAAGACCAGUCACCAAUUUAGCUUGAUGCCCUUUUAAAUUGGGUACAACAUAGCUCAUUUGUGUAUUUUUCAGAGUGCUAAAGCAUUCGUAACACUAGCUCGGUCAGAUGGCUCUAAAUUUGUUUAUUAUAUUCUUAAAUAAUAACUUAAUGCAUGGCUAUAGUUUUAUCUGAGUUAAUUGUGUUCAUCUGUCUUCUAAAAGUUAAUUCUCUUUUAUGAACAGCAUGUUAUACGUUCUAUGUGUGUAAACCCUUUGUCUUAAACAGAAAAUAAAAGUGUGUACAUUU